AUGAGUGCCCUCAUAUUUCUGUGCGCGAUUCUAAUUGGUUUCGUGAUUUAUUCACUCAUCAGUUCGGUGCGGCGUCCCAAGAACUUUCCCCCAGGUCCUCGAUUUGUGCCAUGGCUAGGAAACACAUUACAGUUCCGCAAGGAAGCUAGUGCUGUGGGCGGCCAGCAUAUCCUGUUCGAACGCUGGGCAAAUGACUUCCGGAGUGACCUAGUGGGUCUGAAGCUGGGCCGCGAAUACGUGGUGGUUGCUCUUGGCCACGAGAUGGUGAAGGAAGUGCAGCUGCAGGAGGUGUUCGAGGGGCGACCGGAUAACUUUUUUCUGCGUCUGCGAACCAUGGGAACCAGGAAGGGAAUCACCUGUACGGACGGACAGCUUUGGUACGAGCAUCGCCACUUUGCCAUGAAGCAGAUGCGCAACGUGGGCUACGGGCGCAGCCAGAUGGAGCAUCACAUAGAACUGGAGGCGGAGGAGUUGCUUGGACAACUGGAACGCACCGAGGAGCAACCGAUCGAGCCGGUCACUUGGCUGGCGCAGACCGUACUCAAUGUACUGUGGUGUCUGAUUGCUGGAAAGAGAAUUGCCAGUCAGGAGGAUGGGACCCUGCAGCGGCUACUCGACCUGAUGAAUCGACGUUCCAAACUCUUUGACAUCUGCGGUGGUCUGCUGGCCCAGUUUCCCUGGCUGCGCCACGUGGCCCCCGAUCGCACUGGCUACAAUCUUAUUCAGCAACUGAACACGGAGCUGUACGGCUUUUUUAUGGACACCAUCGAGGAACACCGAAGGCAGCUGGCGAAGGAUCCGUCGCCGGCUGAGAGCGAUCUUAUCUAUGCCUACCUCCAGGAGAUGAAGGAUCGCAGUGCUGGCGGCGAGAGCAGCAGUUUCAAUGAGACGCAGCUGGUGAUGACCAUACUGGACUUCUUCAUUGCAGGCUCCCAGACCACAAGCAAUACGAUCAACCUGGCCUUGAUGGUGCUCGCUAUGCGCUCGGAUGUCCAGGAGAAGCUAUUUAACCAAGUGACCGCCAGUGUGGCUGCUGCCAGCACGGAUGCGUUUCCUCACUUGAGCCGUCGGGAAUCCUUUGACUACAUGGAUGCCUUUAUAAUGGAGGUGCAGCGCUUUUUCCACAUCACCCCCAUUACGGGUCCACGGAGAGCCCUGUGGGCAACAAAGCUGGGUGGCUACGACAUUCCAAAAAAUACCACCAUUCUUAUUAGCCUUCGUUCUGUGCAUCUCGAUAAGGAGCAUUGGAAGGAUCCCCUGGAGUUCCGCCCAGAGAGGUUUAUUGAUUCAGCUGGCAAGUGCUUCAAGGACGAGUACUUCAUGCCCUUUGGCAUGGGCAGACGCCGUUGUCUGGGCGAUGCUCUCGCCCGUGCCUGCAUCUUCUCGUUCCUAGUGCGGAUCGUGCAGCAUUUUCGCAUCGUCCUUCCGGCAGAAGAGUCUCCGUCAAUGGUCCUCCUGCCUGGAAUUACGCUUACUCCAAAACCAUACAAGGUGCAGUUCGUCAAGCGCACCUAAGUUAAUAACAGAAGUCGAAGGUGUCGGUAUUAUAGGUCGAAUCAAGGAAUGUAUUUCGGUGUUUAGUAAAUGACCGAGAGAUGGUGCUGAAUCCACUAGGAUAUUUCCAAGGAUUCCGAAAAUUAUUUACACAUGAGGAUAUAAUAAUCUUAGGAUUGAAUACUUGAGCUGAAAGAUUCAUUACAAACG